GUUAAAAAUGGAGGUAUUUCUGAAAAAACUUGUGUCAAAAUCGGAUUUGAGUGUUUUGACAAAGCGUAUGAUAAGAGAAGAGUACAAGAAACAUGUUGGCCGGGAUCACUUGGAAGUGGAGGAGAAGACAGAGUUGUCUCGCCUGGUGACAAAUUUACUUGAAAAUCUGAUGAGUAAUAACGAGGCAGCUGUCCAACGUGGAGAAGAUGAUGACAACCAAAAUGAGAAAGAGAAUGACAACCCUACAUUUAUCUCGGGAAAAGGGUUAGGGGAAAACUCAAAAAAUGUUAUUCAUAAAUCUAGUCCUAAAAAACUUCUUACACCAUGGGAAAAACCAUUAACUCCAAGUAAAAAAGAGACAAAUAAAAAAGUACAUGAAAAAGUCUUAUCAUCAGAGAAAAAAUGCUCACCAAAUAAACUGUUGCAAAAGAGCCCUUUAAGUGCAACAGAUUCAGAGAGUCAAUCCAACACAUCUAAGUUAAGAGUUGAUGAAGUGUUAGAUGCUGUUAUGAACUCUGAUGUUGAAGAUGACUUGAUGUCAGAAUCAGGGGAAAGUGAAGAAGAUGAGGAGGAAGUGAAUUCUGUCUCUGAAGAUGUGAAUGUAAAGACAGCCAGUCAGAAGUUUAAGAAAUAUCAUUUGGUGGAGGAGGAUGAUGAAGAUACAUGGAAACCAUUUACACCUGUGAAGGAGACAAAACCUGUCAAGGGACGAAUCGAGAGCUCCUCAGAUGACGUUUCUCAGUAUUCUAGUGAUGAUGGUAAAAAGAGUAAAAGAUGUGCUGAGCUAGACAGAAAAUUCAGAAAAGCAUCAAAGAAAAGGUCAUUGAUUAUUUCUAGUGACGAAGAGAGUGCAUCUGAAAGUUGGUCAGAAAAUAGUGAUAAUGAAAAAGUGAACAGAAAAUCGCAUCAAGUUUCAACAUCAGCAUCCAAAAGAAGAAAACUAAAUUCAGAUAAGGAAAAAAAAUCAUCAAAAAAAGGUAAUUCAAAACCUAUAAAAAGUAUUUCUAGUACUGAUGAGAAAAUCUCCACUAAAGUUAAAAAACCUCAAAAUCAGGUCACAAAGAUGUGUGCUGAAAAAGGGAAGAAAACUUCUUCAAAUUCAAAAAAAGGUAAAAGAGGGAAAUCUCCAAUCAGAAAAAGGAAAGCACAGGUUUCUUCUGAUAGUUCUAGCUCAGAAGAAGAAAUGCCACUAGCAGUUAUUAGAAGAAAUUCAAAGGCUGAGUCAAGCACUUCUGAUUCAGAUGAAGGACUGUCUUUGGCAAACUUAAGGAAGAAGUCAGAGGAACAGACUGGAUCAGAAGUUGAUAGUCACAACAGUGGGCUUGAUGAAGAAUCUCCUGUCAAACUGAAGAAAUCUCAAUCCAGGAAAAAACCAUCAAAGGAAGAGAGCACAUCUGAGGGAAACCAAUCUAGCACUGACUCGGAAGCUGAGGAAUCACCUGUUAAACCUAAACCAACAAAACGUCAGCUCAAAAAACCUCAAGUUAUGGACAGUGAUGAGUCAGGCUCUGAAGAAGAGGAAGUCCAACAGAAAAAAAAGAAAAUUCUUGUCAAAUCAUCAAAAAAGAAGACAACACCAGCAAAGAGUGCAAGGAAAAAUAUCUCAUCCAAGGUAUGA